GACUGGUGCUCGACGCCGAAUUGUUCGAGUUUUUCUAGACCAGUAUGACCAUCUGCGGCCCUCGAGAGUUCCGUCCUUGAGUCCCCAGUAAUUGGAUGUUGGCUUUCUUCUUUUCUGCGAAAUCCAGAAAUUCGUUUACCUCUCAUUAGAGAGAAAGAACGAGGGAGUAUGAUUCAAGGCUUUUAGUGUGGCAUCUUCAUAAAUUGUUAGUCUUGUUUAUUGACAGAUGAGAUAUGCGUAGAGGAGGAAGAAAAGCUUCAAACAAUGGAAAUGGAAUCUUCAGGACUAGCACCGUCACUAUUGUUCUAUUCUCCAUUAUCUUGUGUUCGCGGAAGGUUUCUUCUUCCGAUGGUUAUCAAGAUGCAUCCACCAACGAGGGGGCAAACAUUCCUCUAGAUGGAAAUGGAACAGAAACAUCAAUUAUUGAGUAUGACUCCAUUGCUGAUGGGUACUCUGUGGAGAAAGGUGCACAUGAUAUUUGUGCAGAUUAUCUAAUAAAGGAAUAUGACUUCAUCCCAGACUUAGAAGACCUGGGGUGGUGUGAUAUAGGGGACUUUGGAGGGGAAGUUGAAGACAAGAAAAAUCUUGAGGGUGACAGAUUGGAUGAGGUGAAAAAGGCUGAUAGAUCAUCUCGUGCCUCUUAUCUUGGCCUGAAUGAGUUUCGCAAAAAAACAAUAGGAGAAAAGGGAAAAGGAGUCAACAAUCUUGGGAAUAUCACUCACAGACUUGAGCCUGGUGGAGGUGAAUACAAUUAUGCUGCGGCUUCAAAAGGGGCUAAGGUUUUGGCUCAUAACAAAGAAGCAAAUGGAGCUGCCAAUAUUCUGGGCAAAGAUAAAGACAAGUACCUGAGAAAUCCUUGCUCUGCAGAAGAAAAAUUUGUUGUAAUCGAACUCUCUGAAGAAACCCUGGUUGAUGUGGUUGAAAUUGCAAACUUUGAACACUAUUCAUCCACGUUCAAGGAAUUUGAGUUGUUGGGCAGUCUCAUUUAUCCCACUGAGAUUUGGGUCUCUCUUGGAAAAUAUAUUGCAGCGAACUCCAAGCAUGCCCAAAGAUUUAUGCUGUCUGAGCCAAAGUGGGUAAGGUACUUGAAGUUGAACCUCCUCAGUCAUUAUGGAUCAGAAUUUUACUGCACAUUGAGUUCCGUCAAAGUUUAUGGAGUUGAUGCUGUAGAACGACUACUAGAAGAUUUAAUUCCUGUUCCCGAGGAAUCAUCAGGGCCAGUUUCAACUGCCAAUCCUGCUGAGAUCCCUCAUAAGGCAAAUGAGGGUGAGAUUGUUCAGGUUCUGAAUGGAUCUGACCAUCCCUCAAAGGUGCACAAUGUACAGCCAAAAGCUGAUAACAUAUCCAAGACAGAUGCACCAAAUGACAAAAAUGAUGUUUCAAAAGAUGCAAUCCCUGAUCCAGUGAAAGAAAUCAGGCAGCAACCAAGUGGAAGAAUACCCAGUGACACUGUUCUAAAGAUUCUGAUGCAAAAAGUGAGGUCAUUGGAGCUAAACCUGUCUGUGCUUGAGGAUUACCUGCAAGAAGUUAAUCGCAGAUAUUCGAAACUUCUCCCUGAUUUGGACAAAGAGCUUUCACAGACUGCAUUGCUUCUUGAACAAACUAGGUUGGAGAUCAAAGAUGUUGUGGAGUGGAAGGAGAUGAUGAACAAAAGCAUCGGUAGCCUUCUGACAUGGAAGUCCGUGGUCUCAUCUCAAAUGAAUACAUUGAUCGGAGAUAAUAACUUCCUCAGGAUGGAGAUGCAAAAGCUUCUGACCGAUCAAAGAAGUCUGGAGAACAAAGAGCUGACCGUGUUGGUUCUGAGUUUCAUUCUUGGGUGUUUGGCUUUCCUUAAGUUAGUCUCUGAUCAGACUUCGAUGAUAAUUAGUACACGUGAAUCACAAAAAAUUUGCAGAACAAGCAGGGCUUGGCUCAUCCUUCUAAUCAGCAAUUGUAUUAUAGUGUUUAUCGUCUUAUUGUAGUCAAUUAGUUGAUGCUC